AUGUCUUCCAGUGGCAGAACAGGAAACCAGGUCUAUCUAUUUAUCCAAUUGUCUGUCUAUCUAUCUAUCUAUCUAUCUAUCUAUCUAUCUAUCUAUCUAUCUAUCUAUCUAUCUAUCUAUCUAUCUAUCUAUCUAUCUAUCUAUCUAUCUAUCUAUCUAUCUAUCUAUCUAUCUAUCUAUCUAUCUAUCUAUCUAUCUAUCUAUCUAUCUAUCUAUCUAUCUAUCUAUCUAUCUAUCUAUCUAUCCUGCAUUCCUCGGCCUAUAUUUCCCCAUUAG